GCUCUGCGCUCGCUAUGCCCCUGCGCGCGCUGGUGACGCUCCGGUUCGGCCCCUACCGGAGCUGCGGGGUGUUGGAGCACAGGCCCUUCCGCCUGCAGGGCCUGCAAGCUGUGUUGCAAGCAGAGGGUCACCAACUUAUUCUAGAAAAGAUACCAGAUUGGAAUAAUGUAGAACUCAUAGUGAAUGGAGAGACUGUUUUCCAGUGCAACAUUAAUGACCUGGACUUUGGAGGUGAUGGCAAAUUGGAUCCACUAUGUGAAGAAGCCAGACUAGCAGUGCUAAAUGCCUACUGAUUAGCAGGCACAUGUUCUCUCACACUGGUUUACUGUAGGCCAAGGGAUUAUAUUACAAUGGCAUCAGAAAUGCCAGGAUAAAGGUCGUUCUGUACAUUUUCACAUCUUUUAGUAUUUCUCUGCAUAAUUUAA